AUGGAGGAGCCAAUGAGUAAUAACAACGUCCAGCAGGCAAUUUGUGAUCGAGAAGAACUUCCCUCUCAGUUAGGGGUGAGCUCCGCUCUGAAGCAGGAGACUCCACAACCACCCCACAUUAAAAAGGAAGAGGAGGAACUCUGGAUCACUCAGAUGGGAGAGUGUCUUCUAGGACCACAGGAAGAUGAUCUCACCAAGUUGCGACCGACUGUUGUCUCUGUGAAGACUGAAGAUGAUGAAGAGAAACCACAAGUAGACAACCUCUUAGCUCCACUAUCAGAUAGUGAGGCUGAAGAUGAGGUUGAAGUAACUUUGAGCAGCGAUACAGACUGUGAAGGUGAUAUGAGGACUCACACUGACAACAAACACUCUGAAUGCUCUAAAAAGAAGAAAAGUAAAACGUGUUUGAGCUGCUCGGUUUGUGCUAAAAACUUUACUAAAAACAGCCAAUUAAUUUAUCACACGAGAACGCACACAGGAGAAAAACCAUACAAAUGUUCAGUUUGUGGUAAAAGGGUUACUAGAAAGAGCCAUUUGACUGAACACAUGAGAACACACACAGGAGAAAAACCAUUUAGUUGUUUAAUUUGUGGUAAAAGCUUUUCUCAAAAGAGUGGUUUGACUCCACACAUGAGAAAACACACAGAAGAAAAAACAUUUAAUGGCUCAGUUUACACAGGAGAAAAAGCAUAUAAUUGUUCGGUGUGCAGUAGAAAUUUUUCUCUCAAAAAUUCUAUGCUUCAGCACAUGAGAAAACACACAAGAGAAAAAACAUUUAGUUGUUCAGUUUGUUGCAAAAGUUUUCCCGUAAAGAGGCGUUUGACUGAACACAUGAGAAUACACACCGGAGAAAAACCAUUUCCUUGUUCAGUUUGUGGUAGAAGCUUUUCUCAAAUGGGCAGUUUGACUAAACAUAUGAGAACGCACACGAGAGAAAAAACAUUUAACUGUUCAGUUUGUGACAAAAGCUUUUGUCAAAGCAGCAAUUUGACUAAACACAUGAAAAGACAUGCGGGAGAAAAAACAUUUAGUUGUUCAGUCUGCGGCAAAAGAUUCCACAGUAAUGUGGAUGCACUAAAACACACCACAACACACGAGGGAAAAUAACCAAUCAGCUGUUUAGUUUCUGGUAUGUUGCUCAUACGUGGCGGCAUCCACACAAACCCAGGAUCUCAUCAAAUACGUUCACUGCUUCUUUCACAAAUAUUUGAGGUAUUUGUAUACAAAUUGGUAUUUUCCGCACCAUAAGCCGCCCUGGGUUAUAAGCCGCGCCUUCAAUGAACGGCAUAUUUCAAAACUUUGUCCACCUAUAAGCCGCCCCGUGUUAUAAGCCGCAUCUAACUGCGCUAAAGGAAUGUCAAAAAAACAGUCAGAUAGGUCAGUCAAACUUUAAUAAUAUAUUAAAAACCAGCGUGAUGUGGGCGCGCAUGGAGUCGUAUAUCAACAUGGACGGAGCUGCGUGAAAAAAGCCACCCGGCCUCUUCGCGUAAACUUACCUUAACCACUCGCUCAUCUUUUCUUCAUCCAUCCCUUCGAGUUAGCUUUUAUGAUGACGCCGGCUGGAAAGGUCUCUUUUGGCAAGGUC